AUGGACGAUAGGAAUAUGGAAUCAGGCUGUUCUCAUUACAAUGACGUUGAAAGCGAUCACUCGAAGUGUAUAAUUCACGUUGAUAUAGAUUGUUUCUACGCGCAAGUUGAGAUGGUUCGAAACCCUGAAUUGCGGUCGGUUCCGCUCGGCAUACAACAGAAAAACAUAAUCGUAACAAGCAACUAUGAAGCCAGGAAGUACGGGGUGCAGAAGUGUAUGUUAGUUACUGAUGCAUUUAAAGUUUGCCCUAAUUUGAAACUUGUAAAUGGUGAGGAUUUGCACAACUAUAGAACAGCUUCUAACAAGGUUUUUGUUGUAUUACAAAGUUGGAAAUGUCCGGUGGAGAAAUUGGGUAUGGACGAAAAUUUUAUUGAUGUCACAAAUUUAGUACAAGAAAAGUUAAAAACUACAAAUAAUACUAAUGUUAAUUUAGCUGGUCAAACUUACAAAGAACCAUCAAUGGAUUGCCCUUGCGGCUGUCACACAAGACUGAGGAUAUCAUCACAAAUAGCCAGUGAAAUGAGAAAGAAAAUAUAUGAUGAUUUAAGUUUUACCACUUGUGCAGGUAUAGCACAUAAUAAGUUAUUAGCAAAACUAAUAUGUCCCUAUAACAAACCUAACAACCAAACUACCAUAUAUCCAGAACAUGGGACCAGUUUCAUGUCUACUUUACAAAGUGUUCGAUCCAUUCCAAGUAUUGGUCCUAAGAUGACUGAAACACUAAUAUCACAAAACAUUAUUACUGUGAGUGACCUCCAAGAGGUCUCUGUAGAUGUAUUAAAAAAGCAUUUUAGUAGUGAUAUGGCUGUAAGAUUGAAGGGCUUAAGUUUAGGUGAAGAUAAUACUCCGGUGAAACAGACUGGCAAGCCUCAAAGCAUAGGUCUAGAAGACAGUUUUAAAAUAGUCAGUGUGAAGAGUGAAGUAGAGGAUAAAUUCUCAGCAUUGCUCCAGAGGCUGUUGGUGCUGGUGAGGGAGGAUGGUCGCAUUCCAGUUUCAUUAAGAGUUACACUUAGGAAGAAAGAUGCCAAACGACUCAGUAGUCACAGAGAAUCAAGGCAAAGCCAAGUUUCUCCCUCAAUUUUUAUACUGAGCAAUGGCAGUCUAACAGUUACUGAGGCUGGUCAGCAAAAACUAAUGAACAUAAUAAUGAGAUUAUUUAAUAAACUUAUUGAUCUGUCCAAACCGUUCCACUUAACAUUAGUGGGAUUGGCAUUCACAAAGUUCCAAGAGCGCAUGACUGGCAGGGGUUCAAUAGUGAACUAUUUGAUGAAUGAUAUUUCCGUCCAAUCUGUGCUUAAUUUGCAAAAUGAAUGUGAUACAUCGGCCACGUCUAUGGACUACUCGGCUGUGUCGCCGAGCAGUAGCACUACGACUGAUCUCUCAGACGCUGAAGUUGAGCCGUCGCCAAAAAAACCCAAAAAAGUUACAUGGAUAGCGAAAAGGCGAUGUUUGUCCAAAGAGGAAGUGGCAUCUCCUAGUAAAUUAAAAGUUGGUGAACUUAGAUUAAACUCAAAGGAGCUAGAGAAGGUAUCAGAGUUAAGACUGAAUUCCCGUGAUCGAUCACUGACACCUCGUGCGAGUCCCGCUAAAGAUAACAUGUCUGACACAUCAGAUAAUAUGAAGGAAUGUGAGGAGCGCAACUGUGACGACUGCCCUAGUUACGUCGACAAAGAGGUGUUCAGUGCACUGCCAGACGAAAUGCAGAAGGAACUAAAAGCUAUGUGGAAAAACCCCUCUGGCUCCGGGGUGCCCAGGAGUAGUCCAAGAACCACGAACAAACCUAAACCGAACACAAUUAUGAAAUAUUUUGUUCCACACAAAUAG